AAAUAUGCAUGGUUGAGGGGUAGUUGUAAUUAUCCAAAGAUAAGGGGGUUUCCGUAAUUUGACUAUACCUUAGGGAGUGGUUGUAAUUUACUCUAAAAAUUAAAGAAAAUGUCAAUUCCCUAAUCUACCCUUAAAACAACCCAUAAAUUCCCAUCAAAUCCCUCCCCACCUCACCAACCUUUACCAAUACAUUGCCCAUAUUUAUACUUCAAAAUGUUCAACCUUCAAAUUUAGGUACCAAAACAAAGUUGAUACCAAAGUAUAUUUUUUUUCUCUCUCUAAAUUUCAAUAACACAAAUGGAGAAUAUUGUAGCCAAGCAAGAUGAUGACAUCAUAUUCCGAUCGAAGCUACCCGAUAUAUACAUACCCAAACAUCUACCUUUACACACGUAUUGCUUCGAGAAUAUCUCCAAAUUCAGUACGAGGCCGUGUUUAAUAAACGGUGCGACGAACGAGGUUUUCACGUACGAGGAAGUCGAAUUGACUGCCCGUAAAGUGGCGACGGGUUUGAGUAAACUCGGAAUCCAACAAGGCGACACGAUCAUGCUGCUCCUCCCCAACUCCCCCGAGUUCGUUUUUUCGUUCCUAGGCGCAUCGUACAUAGGCGCGAUUUCCACCAUGGCAAAUCCCUAUUUUACCCCUGCUGAGGUCAUCAAGCAAGCAAAGGCCUCGGGGGCAAAGGUUAUUGUUACACAGGCGUCCUACGUGGACAAAGUGAGGGAUUACGCGCUUGAGAAGCGCGUGAGGGUGGUUUGCACAGACGCGCCCCCAAAUUGUGACGACUACUGUGUGGCGUUCUCGGAGCUGAGUUCGGCGGACGAGAAAGAAAUGCCGGCGGUGAAGAUCAACCCGGACGACGUGGUGGCGCUGCCGUACUCCUCCGGCACGACGGGGCUGCCGAAGGGGGUGAUGCUCACGCACAAGGGUUUGGUUACCAGCGUUGCGCAGCAGGUUGACGGCGAGAAUCCGAAUCUGUACAUCCACGGCGGCGAUGUGGUGAUCUGCGUUCUGCCGCUGUUCCACAUCUACUCGCUGAACUCCGUUCUGCUGUGCGGGUUGCGGGUCGGGGCGGCGAUCCUGAUAAUGCAGAGAUUCGAAAUCGACCCGUUUCUGGAGCUGAUUCAGAGGUAUAAAGUGACGAUUGGGCCGUUUGUGCCGCCGAUUGUUUUGGCAAUUGUGAAGAGUCCGUUGGUCGGGAAAUAUGACCUUUCGUCUGUACGGACGGUGAUGUCUGGGGCGGCGCCGCUGGGUAAGGAGCUGGAGGAUGCCGUCAGAGUUAAGUUUCCGAAUGCCAAACUUGGCCAGGGUUAUGGAAUGACAGAGGCAGGGCCAGUUUUGUCAAUGUGCUUGGCAUUUGCGAAAGAGCCGUUCGAGAUAAAAUCAGGUGCAUGCGGGACCGUCGUAAGAAACGCCGAAAUGAAAAUCGUCGACCCUGAAACCGGUGCUUCUCUUAGCCGGAAUCUCGCCGGAGAGAUUUGUAUCAGAGGUGAUCAAAUUAUGAAAGGUUAUCUGAACGAUCAAGAAUCGACCGAGAGAACAAUCGACAAACAAGGGUGGUUGCACACCGGAGACAUAGGGUUCAUCGACGCUGACGACGAGUUAUUCAUCGUUGACCGUCUAAAGGAAAUAAUAAAAUACAAAGGGUUCCAAGUUGCACCGGCUGAAAUCGAAGCCCUUCUACUCAACCACCCCUACAUCUCCGAUGCUGCAGUUGUCUCCAUGAUUGAUGAGCAAGCUGGAGAAGUGCCAGUUGCUUUUGUUGUGAGAUCAAAUGGUUCCACCAUCACUGAAGAUGAAGUCAAACAGUUCAUUUCUAAGCAGGUGAUUUUCUACAAGAGGAUAAAUCGUGUUUUCUUUAUUGAUGUAAUUCCCAAAUCUCCAGCAGGCAAAAUAUUGAGAAAAGAUUUGAGAGCAAAAUUAGCAGCUGGUGUUGCUAAUUAAGAAUCUUAAUCACAUGUUAUCAUAUGUUUUGCGUGUUAUUAUUAUUUUUUUAAUUCGAGUACAAAUUCAUGCUUGUAUAUUAUAUAUAUGUGAAAGAAUAUAAUGCGAAAAAUUCGACAAUGUUUAUCAUAUAAUACACUUCGAAUUAUUCGUCAAA